UAUUUCAUGUACAAUAUUUAUUUGGAAUUGAAACGAAUGAUUUGAAAGUCACAGCUUUAAUUUUUAAUUUUUUAAAUGAUUUUCUAAAUUUUGUAUUUUAUAUUUAAAUGUGUCGAGGCGUAAAAAAUUUUGAGACAUUCUGUUUUUUUUUAAUAAAAUAAAAAAGUGUUUGUAAAAGUGUCAAUAAUUAUGGAUACAGUGAAUAUUAAAUCCGAUUCUGAAAGUGGAAGUAGCUCAAAGCAAUUGACAUUUGGAGUGGAUCGAAUACUAUCCAAUGAAAUUUGCUUAAAAAAAUCAGAUUACUUGAGACCAGUGAGUGUACAUUGUUUUCCAUCAGUAGAACCAAAAUCGUGUGGCGGAAAUUGUAUAAAGUGCGAUGUCUUUCGCGACUGUUUGCCAUGUCCUUAUACGCAAAGUUUUAUGCAAGACUCUAUUGCAAUUACAAAUUCCAAUCAUUUUCAUAACUCAAUCGAAAAUUAUUCUAGUAUUUAUAAACUAUCCCCUGUACGGCCAAUUCCAAGACUUCCAAUAGUUUCCAAUAGUACAAAUAUUUCGAAUGUAAAGGACGUUAGCAGUAGAAGAAAACGAUCUUGGUCCAGAGCAGUUUUCAGUUCCUUGCAAAGAAAAGGAUUGGAGAGAAGAUUUUCUCUUCAAAAAUACAUAACAAAACCCGAUAGACGACAAUUGGCUGCUACUUUAGGCCUCACUGAUGCACAAGUGAAAGUUUGGUUUCAAAAUCGAAGAAUGAAAUGGCGACACACAAAAGAAGAAUCGUCAGUCACAAAAUCUGAAGCAGUGCAAAAUAAAAAUUCAUCAAAAAAAUCAUCAGUAAAAAAUGAUUCAAAUAAGGAAUUAAAUUUAAUGAGACAAAAUGAAGAGCGUGAAAAAUCGAUAUUUGAAAAUUGCACAAACGUUUAAAAAAUUUAGUCCUGAAAAGAAAAAUUGUAAUAAUAAUUUUUUUACUUAUGCAAUUUUUAUAUUUAUAAUUUUUAUAUUUACAGUUAGUCCUGAAAAGAAAAAUUGUAAUAAUAAUU